AGUGAAGUGUUCAAAAGCUCCGGAUUUCCAGCGUUCCCAGGGAUUUGUCUUUGAGGUUCCUCGUUUCCCGCAUGGCACGUGUUCCGGCCAUAGUGGUGUUCAACGGUUGCUUUUGCCCAGUGCACAGCGGUCAUGUUCAAGCACUGGAAGACGCGAAGCGCCAGAUUGAGGCUGGUGGCCACUUCUCGGUGGUUGCGGGCUACUUCGCAGUGGCCCCAGAUGGAUAUGUCCGGAAGAAAGUCGCGCAGAUGGAGCCCUGGAUGACUGCCACGGUGCGCGCUGAAAUGUGCAAGGCCGUUGCCACGGAUCGCGGAUGGGCCAUUUCUGCUGCAGAGUUUGCUGGAUGGAAGGCCUGUGGACAGGCCAUGGUGGCCAGUUUUCGUGAUCCAUCCACUGCAGUCUUCGGCGUGCGUCAGGAGGCCAAGAAGGGUGGCAUCACCCAAAAAGGCGAGGGGGUGACUGCUGAGUUGAGCUCCAGCAGUAUCCGCAAAGACUUCCAAGAGCUGGGACCUACUUCUCAGACCGUUGACCAGCUCGUCCGGAGAGGCCUGCUAGGAGCCGCCGUGGGAGAAGUCCUCAAGCAGCAUUUGAAGAUCUCCACUUCCGCGGAGCCCGCUUCCUCCCCUCCGGCCACUUCCGGUCGAGACCGGCUGUCCGAUGGAGGUCGCAGGGUCGAGCAUCGAGAGAUUCGCGCCAUCUACGAUGAGGAAACGGUCACCGUGUACCAGGCAUUCAACCAGGCCAUCGCGGAGGCAGCUGUUGCGGCCAACUCCUUCCGAGCACCCAUGGAAGCCGGUCUUUACAAAGCGGGUCGCAGGACUUGGAUCAAACUGAGUGCUGUGUGGAUACCGCUGCGGCUGGACAACGUUUAAGGAUCCAAACCAGGCACACGUCCUUGCAUUACGCCUUUCACGCCAGGGCUUCGAAGAGUUGCUCUUGAAAGCACAGUUGUCGCAUUCUGUUACUCUUUGUCGCGACAGCCCUGUGGUUGUACAGUGGGAUCCUGAGCGCGUCAUGGAUGUGCCGUCGUCUGGCAAGCACGUGUAUACCAGGCCGCUCAAAGAGGUCCGGUCCAUCCAGGUGGGUUUGCGAGGGGCAGCACUGGAGAAACUUCUGGAUCCAAGCUUCGUGCUGGACAUUACGGACGAAACCCCCAGGUUCAAGGCAGCAGUUGCUGCGUUGGAAGCAGGCCAUGCGCUGGAGGCCGCUCAAGCAUUGUGGCCGGUUCAGCCAGAGAGGCCCUUCCCUGUGUCGCCGGAGUUGAUGUCAGUGCUUGGCAUGCACGAGCACACGGAUGUGUGACACAAUUCAAUUGUACAGAUCCAUGGGAUGUCCAAACAUGACCCUCAAUGAGGCCAACAUGCAACUCUGAGCUGCAGCGGUUGCGCAUGUACAGGAAGUCUCUCAGACAAAAAGAGUCCAGUCAGCAUCCAG